AUGGCGUCCUCCACCGGCACCCCCAAAGUAACCUCGGUCGUGGACCUGCCCUCAUCAGACGCAAAAUGGGUCAAACUACAAAAGGCUACUUAUGUCGACGCCAAAGGCAAGGAACGCAUCUGGGAAAUCGCCUCACGGAAAACAACAGGAUCUGCCGGCGUCGACGCCGUGGCAAUGGGAAACAUCAUCUACCACCCCAGCAAGCCCCCCUCCACAAUCGUCGUCAUCCAAUUCAGACCGCCCGUCGGCGGCUUCACGGUAGAAUGGCCCGCGGGCCUCAUCGAUGCAGAUGAGAAGCCCGAAGAAGCCGCUGUACGCGAACUGUAUGAGGAAACAGGUUACAAGGGAAAAGUUAUUUCGACUUCUCCACCUGUGGCUGCGGAUCCGGGUAUGACGUCUGCCAACUUGUGUUUGUGCAUGGUGGAGAUUCAUUUGAAUGAGGGUGACCCAGAGCCGGAGCAGCAUCUGGAUGAAGGAGAAGAUAUCCAGAGAGUGAAUAUUCCUGUUGCGGACUUGUACGAUAGGUUGGAGGAGUUUGCUAAGGAGGGGUAUGUUAUUGCGGCAAAACUGUAUCAUUGGGCUGCUGGAGCGCAGUACGCGAUUGAUCAUCCGGAGUUGUUUGCGAGGUCUGGGAAGAAGGGGCAGUAA